AGGCGGAGUGAGAAUUAUGAAUAUGAUUAUAUGAAGUAGAGAAGAAGAAAAGAACUUCUUAAUGGGCCGGAGAAGAAGGUUGGGCUUCAGCUCUCGCAGGCCCAUUAAUAAAUAAAUUGGGCUCUCGAUACUCCGCCGCCGGACUACUCAUCCUCAUCCUCCGACGAUGAAAGAUUCGACCUUUUUUUAUUUACAGAAACUAGUUUCAUUGUAGAUUUGAACUAAGCAUUCGAUGCCCAUACUGUCCAAAUCCAGUGACCCACGAAAGCUUUACCUUAAAAGUUUCAGUCUUUGUGUUUUCUCUUUUUCUUCUUCUUCUUCUUCUUCUUCUUCUUCCAUUCCGCCCCCAACCCACCACCACAUUGCUCAGCUCAUCCUAGACCAACCCUCUGCUUCCCAAGCUCUCCAAACCUUCCGAUGGGCAUCCAAACUUCCCAACUUCAACCAUUCUCAAUCCACCUACCGAGCUUUGAUUCACAAGCUUUGUACUUUUCGUCGUUUCGACACUGUCCACCACCUGCUCGACGAAAUGCCUUCCACCAUUGGCUCACCCCCUGAUGAGGAUAUUUUCCUCACUCUCAUUCGAGGACUUGGCCGAGCUCGCAUGACCCCACAACUAAUCAAAGUCCUGGCCUUUGUUUCCAGGUUUCAUGGAAAGCCUUCUCUCAAGAUUUUCAACUCCAUACUCAAUGUGCUAGUCAAGGACAACAUAGACAUAGCUAGAGAAUUCUACAGGAAGAAGAUGAUGGCUGCUGGAGUUCUUGGGGACGAUUACACCUUUGGUAUCUUGAUGAAAGGACUCUGCUCCACCAAUCGAAUUGCAGAUGCUUUCAAGCUUCUGCAAGUGAUCAAGUCCAGGGGAGUCAUUCCCAAUGCUAUCAUCUACAACACAUUGCUUCAUGCUUUAUGCAAGAAUGGGAAAGUGGGCAGGGCAAGGAGCUUGAUGAACGACAUGGAAAAGCCUAGUGAUGUCACCUUUAAUGUCCUCAUAUGUGCUUAUUGCGCUGAAGACAACUUGGUACAAGCUCUGGUGCUACUACACAAAUGCUACUCCUCAGGACUUGUACCAGACAUUGUUCCUGUAACCAAGGUGUUGGAACUUCUCUGCCGCUCGGGCCGUACAUCCGAGGCCGUUGAGAUUUUAGAGACAUGGGAGAGUAAGGGAGGCACAGUUGAUGUUGUGGCUUAUAACACCUUAAUCAAAGGUUUUGUUGCCUUAGGAAAAGUAAGAGUUGGACAUAGAAUUUUGAAGGAGAUGGAGGCCAAAGGCUGCCUUCCCAAUGUGGAGACAUACAAUUUGUUAAUAUCUGGACUGUGUGAGUUUAGGAUGUUGGAUUCAGCUCUGGAUUUGUUUAAUGAUAUGAAGACAGAUGGGGUCAAAAGGAAUUUUGUUACUUAUGAUACAUUGAUGAGAGGUUUGUGCUCGGUUGGGAGGACAGAAGAUGGAUUUCGGAUCCUGCAACUAAUGGAGGAGAGCAGAGAGUGUGGACAAAUUAGUCCUUAUAAUAGUAUUCUACAUGGUCUGUAUAAACAAAAUCGAACAGAUGAAGCACUUGAGUUUUUGGCCAACAUGGGGAAAUUAUUUCCUAGAGUUGUUGACAAGAGUUUGAGGAUUUUAGACUUGUGCAAGGAGAGAAAAAUAGAGGAUGCAAAGACCAUUUAUGAUGAGAUGGUUGAAGAAGGUGGAGCUCCAAGUGCUGUGGUUUACAGCUGGUUGAUUCAUGGCUUUUGCGAAGAAGGGCGUGUUCGGGAAGCUUUUGAGUUGAUGAACGAGAUGAUUAGCCAUGGCUGCUCCUCUCCCGCUGCUUCAACAUUGAAUGCGCUUGUGCACGGGUUUUGCAGGCAAGGCAAAAGUGAUAGUGCAGUGAGGUUGAUCGAAGACAUGGUUGGGCGAGGAUGCACGCUCGAUGCAGGCAGCUACAAUGCUGUGAUUCUUGCCAUUUGCAGGCAGGGAGAUCUUCACAAGGCUUCAAAAGUAUUAACACAAAUGAUAGAGAAUGGAAUAGUUCCUGGUUAUUUUGAAUGGAGUUCAUUGCUUCUUUGUUUAUAUCAAGAGACACGCCACAUAUUCCAUGUAAAUAAGUUGCUUGACUACAUAAUAAACACUUAAUUCGGUU